AUGGAUCAAUUCACCGAAAAUAAUCUAAAGCAGCGACUUGCAACCCUUACAAAUCAACAAGAGUCUAUAUUGUCAUUAUCAAAAUGGCUUCAAGCUAACUAUCAAAAUCGCGAAAUUAUUAUUUCGAUAUGGUUAAAAGAGCUUCGUAAGCAAUCGAAUACUUCGCAAAUUAUAAACUUGUUGUAUCUCGCAAAUGAUAUAGCUCAAAAUACAAGGAAAUGGUGUCCGCAAUACAAAACUGAUUUUUUUCCAGCAAUUGAAAAUGCUUUCAAACAUGCAAGCAGAUUGAAAAGCACGGAACUCGAAAAAGCGUUAACAAAAUUGGCGCAUAUCUGGAAAGAUCGCGAAAUUUAUUCGGCAUCUCAAUUGAAAAAAUUGUCCGAUAUUUUAAGCCAAAAGAAAAUGUCAGCAAGUUUUCCAACGCCUGUCAAUGACCCUGUUAGAAAUCCCCAAAUUAAUCAUUAUAUAGAAGAGGAGGUGAAAAAGAAUGCGCAAGACGUGUUGAUGGCGUUGAAGCGACUUCAGAAUCCACCGAGUACCGAACGAGAAAUACGUGUUGUUCUCUCUCAGUUUCCUGAGUCGAUUUCAUGCCCAGAGAAGUUGCAAACUGUUAGAAGCUCGGCAGAAGCUCAAGAGUUGCUUAAGAAAAAUGAAGAAGCCCUUCCAUUGCUCGAGGACUAUGUGAAAAGGCUGAAGGAUGAAACACACGAAAGGGAAGAUUUGCAAUCAAUGCUUGAAAGUCUUAUCCAAAAUGUUCGCUUGAGUGUGGAACAUCAAGAAAAACUACUGAAAGAAGUGAAAAGAAAAGAAGACAGAUUGAAAUCAGACUUGCUUGAAGUUGAACGCUCUUUCGAAUCAUUGCCUGAUCUCACAGCGGAAAUGCCGGUCGUUGAAGCGCCGUUACCUUCCUUGGACAAAUUGUUUGAUCUUUGA